CCAGGUGCGCCACCGAGGUGACCGUCCUCGAGGACACCGACGCCGGGUGGGCGGGCAGGUGCGAGGGGCUGAGGUUGGUCCACGUGGGCGCCGGCGAGACGUGUCAGAGCAAGUGCAAGGAGACCCCGCUGUGCGGCGUCUGGGCCACCAACGAGAGCACUAGCAACGCCUCCAUGUGCUGGCACGGGCUGGCAGGCCUGCACUGCGAGUCCACGGAGGUCCCGCCCCCCGCGCGGGCGCAGCGGCUGAUGCACGGCAGCUACAGGGAGCUGAUCAACACCAUGGGCAUGCAGGUCAUGAACCUGGAGAAUGCUUUCGGGGUCCUGGGCAACGCGACCGAGGAGACGCAGAAGUGCCGCAUGGUGUGCCUCUCGUCCCUGCUGUGCCAGCACUGGCAGUACUCGACCCACGAUGGGUGCUGGGUGGAGGUCCCGACGCGCCAGCUCACGGGCUACCCCCUGGUGACGAACCCGCGGGUCAUAAACCUCGGGUCGGAGGAGGCCAAGAGCGUCAUCUCGAAGAAGACAUCCAGCACACGUGCCCCGACGGGCCGAUGCCGCUGGAGAGCGCAGAGCCGGGCGUCAGCCAGCAACAGGCGGACACGACCUCCGAGGUGCCGCCCGUCCUCUCGCUGGGGAUCGAGGAGCCCGCGAGCGGCACCGGGCUCCCGUUCUGGGUGUACCCGGCCGCCGCGCUGGCCGUCGCGCUGGGUGGGGCUGCCAUCGCCGGCGCGGUGCUCUGCCGCCGGCGGCAGAAGGCGGGGGGCACCCGGGCGAUCGAGAGGCGCUCGGAGGGCGCCAACUAUGCACCUGCGCCAUCGAGGCUGGCUGAGGACGCGUACGGAAUGUCCGCCAGCGCAGGCGCGCCCCGGCCACCGCGCCUCCAGGCCGCCCCGACCCUCCGCGGCUGGGCGCCCGGGGGGUCUGCGCGGGGCGCGGCGACCACCCCGAGCUACACGACGCCGAGCUAUUCCGAGCUUCACGGCGGGGUCGCCGUCGCAGGGCGCGGGCUCGCGCGCCCCCGCGGCGCACGCCCCAGCGGCGGCGGCGCCGGCCACGGCGCAGGCAUUCCCCAACGAGGCCCUGUACAGGGGGGCGGCGCGGUCGGCGAGCUCGGUGCAGCACCUGCAGGCGUCCGUCCCGACGACCGCGGCGACGCCGCUCUACUCGCAGACCUCGCCGCCCCGAGCCGCCGACGGCUGGCUGCCGCCCGGGUCGAAGUACAGCGGCUUCGGCGUCUGAGCGCCGCGCGUGUUGCGGCCUUCCUUCGCAGGGCCCCAUUCCACGCGAUCGAUCCAAUUCGGCAUCGGUUUCGGCCGCUUCGGUCCGAUUCGAUGUUGAUUUUCGAGGCAAUCCGUUGCGGCCCAAUUCCUGCAUGGCGUUGCUGUAUUAUAGUGCAG